GGCGUGAGGCAGUAGAUGGGCUGGUGGGGCACUCCGUGAGGCUGAGAUCCCAGCUUGGAUUGCCUGAGAGGGACACCUGCGUGGAUGUUGGUCCGGAGGGAAGAGGUGAGUGGUGGCUUCACAGCAGGAGGACUGCGGGGACUGCUGGCACCCCAAAAAACCUCCUGAAUUUCAACUGGAAUGGCAGCUUCAUCAGCUUCACCCCAAAGCUUUUAUAAGAAAACGCACCAGAGAAAACAGCAGCGUGUGAGAUAAGAACGGUGCCCUGAGGUUUGCUGUUAAAAAUUGCACACAGAGAGAGAAAAUAUCGCAAAUAAGUAUUUUAAUUUCACUGCAUUUUAGUGCUGGUUUUUGAACUGAUGAGACCGAAAAUUAUCUCAUUUUCAGCUGCUUUAUGGGCGUUGCUCUGAUGAACGUUUGAGGUCUGCUCGUUCCUUACUUAAACAAAGCACUCUUCCACGCUGCUGCUUCUCGGUGCAGUAUAGCUCAGCUCAAUAAGGAGGGGAAAAUACAGUGCAGAAAUGCUGUGUUUAUACUCCCUGAGUGCACUGGGGGUCUUUCUGGAUAUAAGUGUUGCUUUUAGGUAAGUGGAAUUAGUUCAUUCUUAGGGGAAGAAAAGCAACCUGUAGAGGAAGGUGACAAAAUAACUGGGAGAAGAGAAGAGAAAACGUCAGUUGGUGGUAAGGAUAAAGAAGACAAAAGGAGGACAACGAAGACUGCUGGAAAAGAGAAAGAGGUUCGUGCUGGGAUGCCUGUGGAAAACAGCAUCGUGUUCUGCAGUGCCUCGUGAGGCUGUGUGCCUGAGCUGGAGCUGAUUUCCAACCCCUGAAAGGGUUCUGAUCCACGUCAGUUCUGUUUUCCAACUCUGUCCCUCAAACAGGAACGCCCAAACAGCAGAAAGUCGAAAGUGAAGGAGAAGAAGAAGCUGAAAUCUGGCAGCUCCUCAGAGAAGGAGAUGGCACAGCCCACAGGAGCCGCAGCUGCAGCCCCUGCCGCACCCCCUCGGGAGCAGAUGGACCCCACUGUCUGGGGGCUGUACCAGGAGAAGCUUUACGUCGAAGUGAGUCCGGCCAAAACUUGUGCCUUCAUUUCUGCCUUCUGUCCUUUGCUUACAAACCGACCCUGAGGCGCAGCUGGAGAGGUAAAGCGUUCUGUUAAACUGACAGCUGUGUGUCUGUAAUUGUGCAGCAAGGUGGGUGUGACGAGCGAGGGAAGGCGGCCCUGAUUCCAGGCUGGAGCCCAUUAACAGAAAUGCAGCCAUCUCCACGUGUGGGAUUUCUGCCUGGGAUGUCUUUUGCACACUUGGGGACUCUGGAGGGAGCAGCAGAAUUAAUUGUAUCUCAGACAAUGUUAAACACACUUCAUAGCCAGGAAGGCUGUUGCUGGAGCUCGGGUCUGUGAGCAGGCAGCUGCUUCUCGUGUGUGCGCCCAUACACGGCUACACCCCUCUGUUAGAAACCAGCUCUGCUCUGUCCAUCUCAUCAGGAUUUCAUCACUCAUUUUCACUGCACGUGUCUUCUGUUAACUUCUGCUGCAGGUUUAUGGGCUGCUGGAUUCCAUGGUGAGCAAGAUGGUGUCUUUAUUUGAAGAACUGGAACAAAACACUGUGCUUUGAAGUGGGAGAGUGAAGCCCUUUGUAAGUAGAAAUGGACUCGGUCAAUAAAGCAAUAGCCAUGCUUGCACGAGACAGGUGGAUGUUCUUUCUGAAGGGAUGAAAUCAAAUCCUCCUUCCUGACGUGCUGUGAUGUGAGCCUGUCCUGAGAGCAUCUGCUGGUUCUACAGGUGGUCGCCUGCCAGGAAGAGACAGGUCAAGAGGCACUGUAGCCUCAAACCAUAAUGUCAAGGAAAUGCUGGCAUUCAUUCCUGCUAAGGAAGAACUUGCAGAUGCCCAUCAGCUGAAGAGCUGUGUUAUUCUGUUUUGCAGUCUGUUGUCUAGCAGUCAAGCAGGGGCUGUCCCAUGUACUCGUGGGCCCAAGUGCCAGGACUGUAACUUAGGAAAGUCCCUCUUGUUUCUGAUGGUGUUCCUGGCUGCUCGUCCAGCCUCCUCGCAGGUCUCCCUGACAGCGGGGGCUGUGGGCGGUCAGCAUCUCUGUGAAGGUGCACGCUUCCACCCCACCUUUCCUUGCACGUGUGCCUAUUUUGCUGAUCUUGCUAUCUCUUGCAGUUCAUGUACCCGUGCCGGAUUUGGAGUCAGUUCUUCCUUGCUUACUUCCAAGACUCAUCAGUCUUUAAUUGAAAUGAGGAAAUCUGUGCUCCAACUACAGAGAGCAGGGCUGGGUCUGUGCUGGAGCCGCCCUUCCUGCUGCCUACGUGUGUCUGUCACCUCUUUCUGGCCGGGCUCCUCAUGCAUCGCAGCUGGGCUGGAGCGUUCCCUGGCAGCUCAGCGGGGGCUGUGCAGGUUUCCAGGGCAGGCCCUGUGGGUGUCCCAUGGCUGUGUGCCGCCGCGGUGCCCUUUUCCUGCUGGAGCAGCCGGACUGCAUUCCCCAGGGAGGCUUUGGCUCCGUGAAGGAAUGACAUCAGUGCAGAUCGUUAAUUUAGGUUCAUGAUACCUUUGAGGUUCUUAGACAGCAGAUGCGUAUCCAUGCUAAGCAUGACUGUUCCAGAUUCUGCACAUUGCCGCACGGUUACACCAGCCUUGUGUGCCUCAGGCACGUGCUGGUUUGCUUUGGGAACCAUGCGGCCGUGUGUCUCAGAGCCUCAUGUAGUGCAGAACCCUUCCCUCUGCUGAGGUGCCGCCUUUUUGUUUCUCCUUUUAACUCUCAGGAGCUGCUAUUCUUCCCCUCUGCUCCUGGCAGUGCUGUGCUGCAUGCAGCCCUCCGUGUUCUGAGACCUUACAGGGUGAGGAGAAGCACUUUGGCUCCCAUGGAAGGAAGGAGCCCCUUCUGGCUUAGCGGCACUGAACCACACGGGGAAUGUCUGCUCAGCAUUACUGCAGUGAGGAUUUCAGCAACAGUUCGAGAAUGAGAGGGGAAAAAAGCCUGAAGUCGGGGUGUGUCCCACAGGCUCUGACAAUGGCUGCUGCCUUCCUGGAGAUCGUUAUCGGCCCGUGAGUGUGCCGGGCUCACACAGCUCCGCCAUCUGGUUUUGAGUCAGGAGGGAGACUGCAUGUAACAGACACGGUGUGGUCCUCUCACAGUGCUUCUGUGGGGUGGUCUUACCUUAAAGGAUGGGAAAGCCCAUCCCCCGGACCCACACCCUGGACCCAGCCUGGACAAAGCAGGCCCACCUCCACCUGUGCUCGCUGCAAUGCUGGUCAAUAGACACAUAGUGGGGGAUUUCCUUUGGAUUGCAUGGCGGGGCAGAACAUCACGUGCUGUUCUCUGUUCCCCUUCCACGGGAGGGGCCAGGUGGCACAGGGCUGCUGCCCUGACAUUUCUGCAAAGGAGAAGGAACAGAAAUGCAGUGGGUGGUGCUGAGUGGUGCUGUGCCUCACGAGGACCUUCCCAGGGCCAACACAGUGGGGCAGGGGAGGGCGGGCUGAGGGCAGUGUCAGCCAGCUCCCUUACUGCCUUUCGCACUGAUGUGUGCAAGUGCCGUGACUGGAAACGUGACGAAAUUAGAGCUGGUUUCCCAAGGGCGCCCUUAGAAACACGUACCCCUGUUUGCAGCCUGCUGAGCCGCCCGUCUGCCUUUGGACAGAAGGGGUGGGCAGUCCUGUGCUGCCAGGCCCAGCACCGGGCUCAGCCCACACUGUUUGUGUUGGUAUCAAUCAUCUGAGCUGCUCCCUGCGUCACUGAGGCACUGGUGAGGCUGUGAGCGCCCGCUGUCAGCGGGUCCGGGGCACGGCGCAAAGAUGACCACCUCGGCCCUGCGCCGGCAGGUGAAGAACAUCGUGCAUAACUACUCGGAGGCGGAGAUCAAGGUGCGAGAGGCCACCUCCAAUGACCCCUGGGGACCCCCCAGCUCCCUGAUGUCGGAGAUCGCAGACCUCACCUUCAACACGGUGGCCUUUGCCGAGGUCAUGGGUAUGAUCUGGCGACGGCUGAACGACAGCGGCAAGAACUGGCGGCACGUGUACAAAGCCCUCACCCUGCUGGACUACCUCAUCAAAACCGGCUCCGAGAAGGUGACCCACCAGUGCCGGGAGAACCUUUACACCAUCCAGACGCUGAAGGACUUCCAGUACGUGGACCGUGACGGCAAGGACCAGGGCAUCAACAUCCGGGAGAAGGUGAAGCAGGUGAUGGCGCUGCUGAAGGACGAGGAGCGGCUGAAGCAGGAGCGGGCGCACGCGCUGCAGACGAAGGAGCGCAUGGCGCUGGAGGGGAUGGGCAGCGGCAGCCAUCAGUCCACCUACGGCCGCCGCGCAUCGCCCUACGGGGAUGAUUACGGCCGGACGAGGGGCUCCCCCUCCUCCUUCAACUCAUCUUCCUCGUCCCCACGGUUCGCCUCUGACCUGGAGCAAGCACGUCCCCAGACAACGGGUGAGGAGGAGCUGCAGCUGCAGCUCGCCCUGGCAAUGAGUCGGGAGGAGGCCGAGAAGAAGCCACUUCCUCCAAUUUCCAGUACAGACGAAGAAAGGCAAUUGCAGCUAGCGCUCGCGCUGAGCAAAGAGGAGCAUGAGAAGGAGGUGAGGGCAUGGCAAGGGGAGAACUCCCUGCUGCAGAGGGCCUUGGAGGAGACUGCCCAGGGUGGGGAGGAAGAGGAAGAAGAGGAUAAGAUGAAGAAAAGCCAGUCCUCUAUCCUGGAGCUGGCAGAUAUAUUUGGGCCGGCCCCAGCUCCUUCCGGCCACACGUCUGCUGACCCGUGGGAUAUGCCAGAUAUGAAACCCAAAGCAGAGCCAGCAGCCUGGACUGGCACAGCAGACCCCUGGGUGCCAGUGCUAUCCAGCAGCGGGGAGCCCGUGCCCCAGGCAGGCACCACAUCCCAGCAAACCGCUGCUGGGCCCUGGGAUUUCCCCCCUGCCUCCGCUGAUCCAUGGGGGAAGGCACCCGCCUCAUCUGGCUUCUCCCCUGCAGACCCUUGGACAGCCACGUCCCCACCAGCCCAGGGCUCCGGCACUACGCCGGCCACUGACCCUUGGGCUGCUGUGGCUGAGCCUAACCCUAACCCUGCUGCAGGGGGGGAUGCUUUCGACCUGUUCGCAAAGCAACCCGAGGCAGCUGAGCAGCCGGAGAUGGAGCAUUCGCAGCCGCCCUCCUCAGUGAAGUCCAGCAGCCCCGCCGAGCUGGACCCUUUUGGCGACCUGUUCCCCGGCACCAAGCAGGACGCGGCCAAGAGCUUUGACCUCGCUAACCUGGCCGACUCGCUGCCCGAAUCCUGCAAGGAGCGGAAGGACUGUAAAACCCCCGAGGCUUUCCUCGGCCCCGCCGCCUCCUCGCUGGUCAACCUGGACUCGUUGGUGGCACCGCCGCAGGCCGCCAAGACGCGCAACCCGUUCCUGUCGGGGCUCAGCACGCCGUCGCCCACCAACCCCUUCAGCCUGGCCGAGCAGCCCAAGCCCACGCUCAACCAGAUGCGGACCGGCUCCCCGGUGCCCGGCCUGCCCGCCGCCCUGCCCGCCAACGCCAUGACCUACAGCACGUCCCUACCGCUGCCGCUCAGCAGCGUCCCCGCCGCCCUGCCCGCCUCCGCCAGUGCCUUCCCGCAGGCGGGGGCCGGGCCGUUCCCCGAGCUGCCCGGCGCUUUGCCGCAGCCUCUGCUGCCGCUGAGCGGCCCCCCGGCCCCGCAGGGAGGGCUCAACCCCUUCCUCUGAGGGCUGCGGGCGGCCUCCCGCCCCUUCCCGGCCGUUCCCCCGCCGCUCCCUCUCCGCGGACAGCGCCGGGGACGGCGGGCAGCGCGAACCGCCCGCAGGAGCUGCGCCCGGAGGGGUCCGCGGGCUCCGGGACCGUCCGCUGUGCGCGCAGCGCCUCCGUGCGCGGCCCCGUGGGGCGGGGGGCAGCCCCGGGCGGAUGGACGGCUGCCUCCUCUUCGCUCCCCUUCCCUGGAAACGCUCUGUUCCCUUAACGUGCUGCCCUCGCCCCGGGGCUCCCGGCCGGUUCGCGCUCUCCCCGCUCUGGAUGUUGCUCCGCUUGGGCACCGCGUCCCCGCUCUGCAGCCCGGGUCAGCCCCAACUGCGUGCCCUUCACAGUCCCCCGUGCAGUGCCCGGGCCGGGCGCUCCGCCCCACGGGGAGCACCGGGAGCAGCGCUCGGUGCUGCGGGCAGCGCUGCUCGGGGGGGGGGGGGGGAGGGGGGAGGUGGUGGGGUGGGCGUUGCGUUGCGUUGCGCUUCAGCGCGUGCACCCCGCAGCGCUGCUCCACGCGGCGGCGCCGCUCCGCGUCCGGAACCGCCGCGGCCGUCCCGGCACGCGGAACCACGAACUGACCGCGACAAUAAAGUACUGGAACGGA